GAACGGAUUCGGUACAAGCGAUCACGAUCCGUCCUCGGCAGCAGCUCACUCGCUCUCGCGCUCACUUUCCGUUGCUCGUUUUCGAUCAUGGCCUACGAAGGUGUUCUCUUGGGGAUGGGGAAUCCCCUCCUCGACAUAUCCGCCGUUGUCGAUGAGGAAUUCCUCAACAAAUAUGAUCUCAAGCCAAACAAUGCAAUUCUUGCGGAGGAAAAGCAUUUGUCAUUGUAUGAUGAAUUAGCUGCAAAAUACAAUGUCGAAUACAUUGCUGGAGGGGCCACACAGAAUACAAUAAGGGUUGCGCAGUGGAUGCUUCAAAUUCCCGGUGCAACUAGCUAUAUGGGUUGCAUUGGAAAGGAUAAAUUUGGAGAGGAAAUGAAGAAGAAUGCAGCCGUUGCAGGCGUUAAUGCUCAUUAUUAUGAGGAUGAAACAGCCCUGACUGGUACAUGUGCUGUAUGUGUUGUUGGUGGUGAAAGGUCCCUAGUUGCUAACUUAUCUGCAGCAAACUGCUAUAAAAUUGAUCAUCUGAAGAGACCAGAAAACUGGCAAUUAGUUGAAAAGGCAAAGUACAUUUACAUAGCUGGCUUUUUCCUAACGGUGUCUCCUGAUUCCAUCCAACUUGUAGCUGAGCAUGCUGCUGCAAAGAAUAAGGUCUUUAUGAUGAACCUCUCUGCUCCUUUUAUCUGUGAAUUCUUCCGAGAUGCCCAGGACAAAGCUCUGCAUUAUGUGGAUUUUGUCUUUGGUAAUGAAACCGAAGCGAGGACCUUUGCAAGAGUCCAUGGAUGGGAGACAGGAAAUGUUGAGGAGAUUGCAGUAAAGAUCUCAGCUCUGCCCAAGGCAUCAAAGACACAUAACAGAAUUACUGUCAUCACACAGGGUUGUGAUCCAGUUGUUGUUGCUGCUGAUGGAAAGGUGAGAUUGUUCCCUGUUAUCUUGUUACCAAAAGAAAAGCUUGUCGAUACCAAUGGCGCAGGUGAUGCAUUUGUUGGAGGAUUUCUGUCUCAACUGGUCCAAGAGAAGAGCAUAGAUGACUGUGUAAAAGCUGGGUGUUAUGCGGCAAAUGUCAUAAUCCAAAGGUCAGGCUGCACCUACCCAGAGAAGCCAGAUUUCCGGUAAAAAGAAAACCACGAUGUCACGGUGAGGAUUUGUCAAGAUCAGGCCAUCUUAUCCUUCAUAUUAAUUAGCCAUUUGCUGCUACGUUGUCUCUUCAAUGUUUUGGGGCUUUUCCACUUGAGAAAGUAUUACUUUCAACAUCGCAUGGUGUAGGUGGAUUUCUCCAAAUGUUUACUCGUGAAUUGUUGCUGUGAGAACUACUUUGCCACAAAGGAUGCUGCUCAUGUUACUGGCGUUGGAAAACAUCCAUCGGGACCUCAACAUGUUAUUGGAGAUCUAAUUUGCCCGUGCACCUUAUUGGCAUUGCAUAAGAGACUUCCUCAUCUAUCAUCUUGGUUGCA